AUGAUUUACCUAGCUCUAACUUUUCUUUUAACAUUAAUAACUAAUUGCCAAACAUCGAAUGUUGUUCACCUUGAAAAUUGUACAUAUUCAUUGGAUCUUUAUAAAGAAUAUUUAAAUGUUCUUUGGUCAUCAAAUGAUUCUCGAACAUUACACAUUCAAGCUAUUUAUUCUUUACCAUUAAAUAAAACCUUAAUUCCUGGUCAUAUUUACAUAUAUUCAUCUCAAUCACUUGCUUUAAUACCAUUAUUUGUUCAAUGUAAAUUACCGAAAAAUCUUUCUUUUAAAUCUUAUCUCCCAUUUACACAAUGUUCAUCAACAAUAACAAAUUUUUCAUCGAAAAAAAAUUACGAAUCAACACGAACAAAUCUUAAUCAUAAAUCAAUUUUAUCUAUGAUAAAUGUUCCAUUACUUUAUAUUGGUGAACAUUAUCUUAUAUUAUCAAAUUGUUCAUUUGAAUUCAAUUCUACAACUUAUCGUUUACAAUCGAAUGAAAUUUUUACAUUUCGUAUUAUCUAUGAAAGUCCAAUAUCAACGAAUUGUUAUUCAUGUAAUAGACGUACAUCGAUAUGUUAUGAUAAAAUAUGUCAAUGUCGAACUGGUACAAUACCAUUAAAACUCUAUGAAAAUAAUCAAUUUUGUAUUGAUAUAACAAGAAAUUGUACAUUAGAUUCUCAACGUUGUUUAUAUUCCAAAACAAUUAAAACAAAUCGUUUCAAUGAAUUUAUAUUAAUAUUAAUUGUAUUAAUAAGUCUUGUUAUGAUUUUAUUUGUCUCAUUAAUAUGGUAUUUAUGUCGUAACAGACGAGUAAAGAAAAAAGAAUUUUUAUCAUCGAAUCAAUCCAUAUUUACAAUUGAUCAUCAUGAACGAACACCAUCAACAAUAUCAACAAUAGAUUCAAUAAAAUUAUCUAUUGAAAAUGAAUAUCCAAAAAUAAUUGGAGAAGAAAAUAAUGGUGAAACAAUUUUUAUUUUAGCAUAA